AUGGUUCGCGUGCUCGGAAGGUCGGCGUUUCACGACACCACCUUGACCGGCUCCGGUGACCUCUCGUAUCUCGGCGGAGAGUGGCGGCGAGAUGUAGCGUUCGCUGGGUUUGAUGUCCCGAUUCAAAUGGACGUUUCGGCAGAUAAGUUUAUCAAUGGGGUGGCGGGGAUCGAUCCAGAAAGGAGAUCAGAGCUGAUAAAGGUUUUGAAUAUUGAUCUUUCAUGGCGGUUGCACAAGGUGUCCGAUGGUCAGAGAAGACGAGUGCAAAUCUGUAUGGGUCUGCUCAAGCCAUACAAGGUUCUUCUGCUAGACGUGAUAACGGUGGACCUCGAUGUCCUAGCAAGAGCUGGCCUUCUCAAGUUCCUGAAGAAGGAAUGCGAAGAACGAGGCGCCACGAUCAUUUACGCCACGCAUAUAUUUGACGGGUUGGAAGAUUGA